GUUUUGACAGGCGCGGGCGAGGGUCGGGACGCGCGACGAGAAGGGCUCGGCGAGGGAUGUUCUGAGGCUCAACUCCUCAAGCUUUGCCCUCAGUCGGCGCUUUUACUGGAGAAUCAUGAGGUCUUGUCACAUUUGAUGAAAGCUUUUGUAGGAGGUGUCUAUGGGGGGAGCACCAGCAAUGGCGUCCUCACUGCGCACCCGGUCCUUUGUGUUGGGCAUCACAGCCGCCUCCUUUAUGUGGCUUAUCAUCAUUUAUCUGUAUUUAGUGCUGGUGCAGGAACCAGAAUUUUCUCGGCAAGUCUACCAGAGACAGAAAGAGCCCAGAGGACCAGAUCAACACUCCCAAGCUGGUAAAGAGCAUAAAGGCUUGGCAGACAAAAGGCAUAUUAGGGGUCGGAUGUAUGGCAAGCCUUUCCAAGAUGUAGCAGACAACAAAUUAGAGAAGGCCAGUAAACACAUAAAUAGCUUGGAUCAGUGGAAGAAGAAGAAAUAUGAGAACAGCGAUGGGAAGGACAUCAGAAAAGAGUUGUUCCCCAAGGACCCCAAGGAGAGAGUGCAAGAGAAGCCCCCAACCAAGGAACAGAGUGAACAGCUGCUGCAAGAGCUUGGUCUUGUCAAAACCAAGGAGGAUCAGGAGGAGAAAGAUAAUGGUUAUCGCCUUCAUGCUUUCAACACUUUGAUAUCUUCAAGACUAUCAGUCCAUCGUGCAAUCCCAGACACAAGAGAUAAAAGAUGUAAAGACCUCCAGUAUCCUCACAAUCUACCAAAGGCAUCCAUUGUGGUGUGCUUCUACCGAGAGGAUCACUCAGCUCUCUUGCGCACAGUGCAUUCCAUCCUAGACAGGACCCCAGCACAUCUACUGCAUGAAAUAUUGCUCAUUGACGAUACUGCUGAAGAAAGUUACCAUGCAGAGGUUCAGGACGAGAUGAGCGGCCUAAAUGACAAAAUUCGGGUCCUGAAAACCCCUCAGAGGGAAGGCUUGAUCAGAGCACGUGUCUUCGGAGCUCGACAUGCUGUUGGUGAGAUCAUGGUGUUCCUAGACAGUCAUGUGGAGGUGAACAUUGGCUGGAUAGAACCCCUUUUGUCCAGAGUGGCUGAGUAUCGCAACCAUGUUGUGACACCAAUCAUUGAUGUUAUAUCUCCAGACACAUUCCAGUACACAGCCUCACCUCUUGUGCGAGGAGGCUUCAACUGGGGCCUUCACUUCAAGUGGGACACAAUUCCUUCAAGCUACUUCAUGGACAAGAUUAAUUUCAUAAAGCCCAUUAAGUCCCCAACCAUGGCUGGUGGGCUCUUUGCCAUAGAUCGUAACUACUUUAAGGAGAUUGGUGAAUAUGACAUGGGGAUGGAUGUCUGGGGUGGAGAGAAUUUAGAAAUGUCUUUUAGGGUUUGGAUGUGUGGAGGUGAGUUAGAGAUCAUGCCUUGCUCUCGUGUUGGUCACAUUUUCCGUCGACGACGCCCGUAUGGAGGCCCAGGUGGCCAAGAUUCCUUGAUGCGCAACUCACUGAGAGUUGCCCAUGUGUGGCUAGAUGACUACAAGGAGAACUUUUUCAAAGUUCGUCCUGGAGCAGAGAAAAUGGAAUAUGGAGAUGUUUCAAGCAGAAAGAAGCUGAGAGAAGACCUUCAGUGUAAAUCCUUUUCAUGGUACCUGAAGAAUGUGUACCCAGAACUAGGGCCUCCAGGAGAGGAGAACAAGAAUGCCAAAAUGGACAAAGCAGGUGUACGGCCAUACCAGCCAUGGAAUAAACGAGUGAGGAAUUAUACACACAAAUGGCAGAUCCGUUUAACAGGAACGAACCUGUGCAUAGAGUCUGAGGAAGAUGUUUCACGGAAGGGUUCAUUGUUAGUACUGUCCAAGUGUUCUGAUUGGAAUCGUCAGGUAUUUCACCAGACGGACCGAAAUGAGCUUGUUCUUGCGCAGCUGCUGUGCCUCGAGGCCUCUGAUAAUAGGCCUAAAAUUGCCAAGUGUCAUGAAAUGGGAGGAGCCCAGGAAUGGAAGAUCUCCAAUCAGAUGGGUGUUGCUCUGUAUAACAUGGCUCUUGGCCUAUGUGUAGCUGCACAAGACAGUCGCUUGGGAGCACCUGUGUUGAUGGCAAUGUGUUCCACUCCUAAUCUUGCCACUUGGGACCUUGUUGAUAUACUCUAAAUGAAUAUUGGUUAACAAUUUGUAUUUUUUAAUUUGUGAAUGUGUUCAAUUGUGAAUAUAUAUGAUGGAAGUGUGUCUAUGGAUGCCUGUCUGUGUGUCUGUGUCAGUUCAUGCAUACAAUUUUCUUCAAGAGAAGAUACAACUCAUGUUCACAAUGUUAGUGCUUAUAUUUGCCUUAGUUUAUGAGCUGUUUUUAUGUAUAUAAAAUAUAUAUACUGGUAUUGAUGAGUAGUGUUUAUUUUUUUUAAAUACUAAAAGGAAAAUUUAUUUAUAUCAAUGUGAGAAUUAUCAUGACAAUAUUAUAGGUAAGGAAUAUAUUCUCAAAAUGUAAUUGACACAAUUGGAGGUGAUAAAGAAUACUCGCAUUCUAAACAAAAGAAUAUAUAUAUAUAUAAGUAUGUAUAGUUAUUUAACUUUUUUUUUACAAGAGACUGAAUUCUUAAUACCAUGGAGUAAAGAAUAUUCUAAAUGGAUACUAAAUUUGAAGAAAAUUAAGUAUUACAAUUGAGUGACUCAUGAUGUGAAAUUAUAAACUUAUAUUUCCCCCCCCCCCCUUUUUUU